AUCAACAUAGAACAGAGUGUGUUUUGUUUCUUCUUCUCUGCUCUGCUUUUCUCUUCCUUCACAUACAAACAAAGGAAUAAUAAACGAAAACGAUGUCGUUGAUUGCGUGAAUAUAUCUCAAUUCUUUUCUUUCUUUUCAUAGAUCAUCGAAUUUCCAAUUGUCAAUUUUUAACUUGAUUCUUGAUAAAAGACUCAUCUGUUCUUCUCCACGUUCUUGAAAACAAAACAGAGGAAGAAGAACAAUCUGAAGGAGUUCAGGCUCCUGAUUCUUCUUUCUCCAGUUCGAUAUUUGUUCUAAAAUUCUCCAAAGAGUUAAGAAGACUCAUCGACUUCAAAUCAAGGAACGGCUCAAGAUUCGCAUGCCACAAGGAGAAAAUGAACAAGUCAAGCUCAUGGAGCAUAUACAGUCCCAGAGAGGGAGAUAGUGAAGGGCCAUGGAGAUCGUCAACGUCGAUGAAUGCGAUCUCAUUUGGGUUUGUAGCGACGGCGAUACUCAUCUCCAUGUUCUUGAUCAUGGCCAUAUUCGAGCAUCUCUUUAGGCCUGAGAAUUCUUCAUUUGAUUCACCACAUCAGAUCAGACAAAGACAGAGAGAUGGGUCCAGUCAGUUCCAGAAACUUGCUGAUCAAGCAUCCAUGGUUCCGGUGAGUACGGUGGUGGAUGUAUCGGUAGUGAUGCCAGGGGAGAAGUUGCCGUCGCACAUAGCUUUGCCGGCUCCGUUACCUUGUCGGAGAGAAGGCAUUCAUUGGCCUCUCCGCCUCUAAAUAUUACUAUAGCUAUUUUCUUCUUCUUCGUCUUCUGUAAUUUUUAUUUAUUUAUUUCUGACUCAUAAAGUAGAUUAGUAUUCGUAAUAUAUUUCAAUAUGCAUUCCCGUUACGUGAAUGAUCGGCCAAAAAAUAUUUCCUUUUUUUUUUUUUUUUUUUUUUGUCAAAAUAGAUACUCAUUGUAAAUUUAAGAUUAAACUUUUGUAAUUAUGCUUUUUAAUUAACAUUUUAUGUCUAACUAAUCAAUUUGGGAUAAAUCACUUUUAGAAGUUAG